GGCACUUCCCUGUCCAAGUACCUGAACUCGUUCGCGCCCACCGCGCGCGGCGACAUGUUCUCCCCUUUAUCCCACGCGUGCUUCGACCCGUCCAUCGCGGGCAUCGAGGGCGUGAUCGCGCUCGAGCACGGCCUGAUCAUGGCGCAGGAGAGCGGCCUUUUCUCACCCGGCGAGCUGCUCGUCACGGCGGUUUCCACGAGGGAUCUGCUCACGUGUUUCUCCGGCGGGGGUUGCGGCGAAGUCAUUGGCGCGCCCGCGGAGCGCAUGGUGGGCACGUCCCUGAUCGCGGGAUUGCACGCGGAGGACAUUCGGAACCUCGUGUUUGCUUUCCAUCUCUUCCCGACCAUCUUGCCCGAGAUUGAGUGCGAGAAGGGUAAGGAUGGUGAAAGGGAAUCCAAGGAUGGCGGCGAGGGGGUCGGGGCCGGUAUGAUGCCGGCGCCCAAUUCGGUGAGGCUGCUGCCGCACGGUUUCCUUCGUCGCCGUCACAUCAGCGGGGCGUUCGUCUCCAUGGAGCGGCUCGGGGGUAUCAUCAUCACCAACGACGCGGCGGCGAAGGCGAGAAAGGAAUCUGCCGAGGUCGCGCCCGCUCCCGAGAAGGGCGAGAUUGACGACGGUGGAGACGAAAAGACCACGCCGAAGACGAUCGCCGCCGCACCCAAGGAGGAGCGUCCGUUCCCGACCGAGGAGGAGAUCGCAAAGACCAUCGUCGAGGAGCCCGCGGUGGAAAAAGCGCCCGAGCCCACGACUGCCGUCGUGUCCACACCCGCUGGCGACAUCGUCGUCCCGAUUAACAAGUACCACCCCGCGAACAAGAAGGACGCCAAGCCGGCGGGCGCGACGUCGGCGGUGCGAUCCGCGCUGUCCGCCCCGUCGACGGUCGGCGCGGGUCGCGCGUCGUCGAUGACGGCGUCGGCGUCUCCCUUCAAUCCCAACCUGGCGAGGGAGAAGAGCGUGACGGAGGGCGUGCCGGUGACCGGGGCUGGGAAGGCGGUGUCGGCGGCGCCCGGGGGCCUGGUGAACAAGGGGAGGGGCGACGCCAACGGGAAGACGUCCGAGGCUGACCUGGCGUCGCUGGUGGCGCACUGCGUGAGGCACGCGAAGAAGGCGAGCACGAGCCCUCGCUCGAGCUUGGACGGCGACGAGCUGCCCGAGGGUAUCAAGGACAUUCUGUUGCGGCUCACCGGGGAGACGUUCAGCGAAAACACCAUUCUGGUGACGAUCGAGCGAGUGAGAAGGGUCGGGGGCACGGUGGGAAACGAGGUGCGGCACAACUCGCAGAUGAUGGUGGUGUCCAAGCUGCUGAACGAUCUGGCCACGAGGAAGCACAGGGCGCUGCCUGAGAGGACGCCUCACACGAUGACCGCGUGACGAGGCUGCCUGAGAAGACACGAUAAGACCGGAAGAGUCUCUCAUUUAUUGUUUAUGCACGACCAUCAUGUUUGUUGCAAAAGAUCCGAAAAGGGAAAGCGGAGGAGGACGCCCGGCUAUCACGCAAGGGUGUUUAGGUUAGUUCUAUUCCAUCGAGCUCUCAUUUGAAUGCAAACGAGUCCUCCUCU